AUGACUUCGAUUGCGCAGCACAUUCCACCAAUUCCUGAGCCUUUUUCCUUGACGUUACUGGUAGGAACAAGAGAAACACCAGUAACCUUUUUGAUUCACUACUAUCUUCAUCAUUGCAUUCGUGAACAUCUGAAAGUUUGCUUUGUUUCAUUUAGUAAAACAAUAGAUGAACAUACCAAUGCUCUUCGAAAAUGGGGAACGGACGUAAGGACGAAGCCGAAUUUUUUCUAUGUUGAUGGAUAUAGCAUGUUGUUUGCUCCUGCUGUUAUUCCAAGUAAAGUUCAGGCCAACGAGGUGAAAAACAAUCCCAAACAGUUGUUUGCGCCUAUUAUAGCCUGCUUACAGCAAAAUGAGUUUAAUACAAACAAUUCUAUUCUUAUAAUUGAAGAUAUUGAUGUACUUUUAUCAACGAAUUCUCUACAGGCAACUCAAUUACAAGAAGCUGUCUUUGAGUUGCAAAUGACAUCAGGUCGGGCUGUGAUCAACGUUUCGGUUGGAGCACCCCUACCUCGCCAAAUAUCCUUUGCUAAAAGUAUAGGUCAUCUAGCUACCAGAUGCAUUUCGUGUCGACCAUUAACAAGUGGAAAUGCUCGUCGAAUUACUGGAUUCAUGAGGGUUACAAAAGGACCUAACCACUUUUUGAAACGAAGCGCGAAUGAACUACCUGAGGAUGAUGACAAAGAGGUUCUAUAUGAGGUUACUGAAACACAUGCCAUUGUUCAUCCUAAAGGUCAAGUGACCUUGCAACUCUAG